AUGGUCAACACUUCUGUGUUCUGGACAUCUUCGCUGGCUGGGUUUUUUUGGGUUUGGUGGCUCGUGUGGGCCAUCCAUACGUGGAGGCUUCACUUUUCCUUACGCGUGGCGCGCUCCAACCCUUCUAGUCCCAGCAGCGGUCGACGCCCUAUGGUUCGCCCGGCAUUGCAGAGCUGUCCUGUUUUGCUUGGAAAAGGAACUGUGGGGUCCAAGGGCUCAUGUCCCUUCAGUGGCACCCAAAAUUUCCAGAUGGACAUGAACCACGUGCGUUUAACACUGGGGCAAUAUCUUUGGGCCGCUCACUGUGUUGCUCUACCAGCGUUUGCUCUGGUGGUGUUUGGAUGGUUUCAGAUCCAGCUUGCUCGGCUUCUGAAGCUAUGUGGCCUUCUCCGCAAGGCCUCGGACGGAGAUGUGCGGCACAUGAUCUACCACUUGGUGUUGGAGAACUUGUCCACAGGAGUGGCGCGCAUUGAGGACACGGAGGCCGGGCGCGUGGCGACUUUUGUCUACAGUCCAUUUCCGUUGUACAUGGAUUGUGGGCCACAGGUGCAGUUUGUUGUGAGGAAUAUGAUGGUAGUGAAGUUGAACCUCGACAACGCGGACUUCCUGACUGCUGAACUUGAUGGACACACCUGCGACUUGAUGGAUGCUGCUGUGUUGCUUACCCACUAUGAGAGCAAUGUGAAUCACGGCAAGAUGCAUGCCUACGCCAACUGGGGCAUCGACCCUGCAGACAGUACAAGCCCAUACCUGCAGAAGAUGAGUGUGGUCACAGCAUGCUACAACCACUAUGGUUAUACCAACUUCCCCCAGAUGGCCAGCAGCCUGGUGCAUAAGGAUGCAGGUCCCGCUGUCGAAGCAGUCCUUGUUGAGUCUUUGAGAACAGGGGUCCCAGAGCAUAAGCUGGUGACAGCGCUGGCAGAACAUUCCAAGCUCUUGAAGUUCAUAAUUCAGUUGAGAAUCCCUUUUAAGCAGGCUUUCAAUCGCUGCAGGGCAGAUUUCCCAGCAAGUUAUAGCUGUGAAGCCCACUUCUUGGGGACCGUCGUGCACUCCUUGGACCACUGGGCAUUCGUCCGAACCAUUGACCCUUGGCUUUUCAGUGCACUCAAGCCAUCCAAGCAUUUCCAAACGCUACACCGCACAGUUCUGCUCGCUCGCUGUUGUGCCGUGGAUGACAUCCCGACUCUUGGUCUUGAGAAGUACUUUAGAGAUGGUAGUACAGAGUUCCAUCGAAUGGUGUACUCUGCGGCGAAGGACCUCGACAGUAGCCUAGCAGAUCAAAUUCAGACUUGUAUUGUCAAAUGA